AUGAGCUUGCCAAAGCUCUCAAUCAGGGAGCAAUUGCUACGGAUCAAGGAGAGCCAACAACGAAUAGAUGAAAAUUGGAAGAAGACUCAGCGGCUUCACAGUGGAGGCCCAGCUAUCAUAGCUCCUCCAUCAGCUAUCAUCGAGAAGAUUCAGGUGACUGAAGAACCCCCAGCGUUAUUGACCGCGUCCACACUUGGACUCACCGUCAAGGAGGAGCCGCCCUCAUCUGCCCCUGUCAUCGAUGUUGCAUUGUCCAUUGAUGGACGAUCAACCGUCGCACCCAAUUUUGCCGUGAACAAAGGGGAGGAAAAAGCUGCAAAAAUCGCCUUGAGGCCCGACGUGACGACCGUGGCCAAGGAAAAAGAUGUCAUUGAUGCCCCCGAUGUAGUUGUGGCGGACGUCGCUGUUGUCCGCGAGAGCGGGGCUAUCACCGCUCUUGUACCACCAUGUCGCGCAGUAAAGCAUCUGUACGAGGAACAACAACAACCCAUCGUUAUCCUCGAGCGACAAGAGCCCACGUCCUCGUUCAUCAUUAGUGGAGUUGAGGGAAGGUUGGGAGGAAUAGGUUCCGACGUCGAUAACCACUUUACCUCGCUCAAUUGUCAUUGGGUUAAUUGGAAAUAUAGAAAGAAGCAGGAGAAUGAUGGCGGCCAAAGCCACAACAUCACGGGAAGCCGCAGCCAUAUCGGCCUAGGGACCGGAGGAUUGACUGGUUGUUUGAGGUAUGGGGUUGAUCCGGAAAAGCCCGCAGGUAGAGUUGCUGAUAUGGGGUUGAUUGGUUGUGUGACAAGUGCAAUCAUGGGCCGAGCUAGAGGAUACGGGCGAAAGGAUCGAUCAACUGUGAGGGGAUCGUUUGUUGUUGAUUGGAGGGGUGUGAAACGCGAGCGGAAGGUGAGAGCACCAUUGUUGAGCAAUAUUGAUGGGGCGCCAGCUCUUGGAGGCCAACUAAUCAACCCUCGUCAUUGCAAGCGUGGAGGAAGGAAAGGGAAGUGGGUGGACUUGUUUCUUGCAUGA